AGCGUCGUUUCUUCCGCGACGACGGUCGGUUGGCGCAUCUGAUUGAGAUUGGCCAGUUGCAUGUUUCGGUGCUGUGUGUUCCGUGCUCACGCGUGUGCAGAUUGUUGUUGCACUUUUGCAUCGAAAUGACGACGCUGGUCAGACUGUUCCGUGUCCGAGAAAAUCGCCUUUCGGUGUUGUGCCGAUAGUGGUCAGCAAGCGUGCUGCUCGCAUCGUGGGGUGUAACAGUGAUCGUUGAAGUGAUACUGCUGUGCUAUUUCAAAGAUAAUAAGGUUCUUAAAAUAUCGGAAAAAAUCGUCAAAUUGUCUCGAAUUCGCCUCAGAAACAACAGUCACAGCCGUUGACAGUGAGAGCAGGUAUUGGUGGAGGAAUAAAACGUUACUGUACGAGCUGGAAUCAUGGAUAUACGAUUCUCGAUGUUCCUGUCAGUGAUCGCGAUGAUCGAUCUCGUCAUCACGCUGAAGGACGUGCGCGUGAGUGUACCGUUCGCCAUCCGGCGGGGUGAUAAUGCAAAUUUGAUCUGCCAUUACGACAUGGAGGGCGACGAGCUGUACUCCGUCAAGUGGUACAAGGGCAAGCGGGAGUUUUUCCGCUACACGCCAAAGGAAAUUCCUGCUCUCAAAGCGUUCCACGUAGCUGGCGUCACGGUGGAGUUGUCUGUAUCGAAUGGAAGUCACAUAACGCUGGUUUCGGUUGAGUCUGGUACCUCCGGAAAGUACAGCUGCGAAGUAUCGGCCGAUCUACCGUCGUUCGACACGAUGAUCAUAUCCAGCGAGAUGGAGGUUGUUGAAAUUCCCGUUACGAAGCCGCUAAUUACCGGCAUCAAACCGUUCUACCGGAUAGGUGAUGUGGUGGCAGGCAACUGUACAUCGUACAACUCGAAACCAGCGGCCAACCUUACGUGGCUUUUGGACGACAAAAAGGUAAAUGCAUCACACACCGUACAGUAUCCGGUGUACAGAGAUCCGCGCAGUGGUCUCAACACUUCCACGUUAGGGAUUUACUACCAUCUUUCACAUUACUUCAUGGGACGCAGUAAACUGAAGUUCAGCUGCGUCGCCAAGAUUCACGAUGUGUACGAGCAGCGCGUCGAUCGGUUGGCGGAGGACGAACGGCCAAAGCUGAUGGCAGCGUCGGCAGCACCGGUUGGCCUCAAUCCCGUGAACUACGUCCACUCGAGCUAUGACCAGUCAUCCGCGUCUUCCUAUCAUCAUCACGAUGGCACCGACUUUGACAAUCAGAACAGCGACGCCUACAUGACGCACAUAAAAGGUGACAAAACAUCUUCUGCAACCAGACAGACCAUCGGUGUCCUUCGUCUACCGUCGGUGAGUCGCUUAGUGCUGGUCAUUACACAGUUAGUAUUACCUAUAGUCAGCAGCAUGAACAGCGAACGAAUACUCGAUACCGUGCUGCAGCUUUCGACGCUCUUCUCCCCUCGAACCGUCACCAUCUGAGCGAGUGUCCAAAAAUGGUCGUUAGUCCCCGCUAGCUUAACACAACAUUCCGCUCCAUGCUAGUUCAUCUGUCGCACUUACGGUGCAUUUCACGGCUAUGUUCACGGGCUAGCCGGUUCGCUGGUCCUCGAAAGCUCAUUGACCUAAAGGACCAACUCCCGGGCACGUGAUCGCAUCUAACAUCAACCAAAAAGUGCUGCAACAAGAAACAUGCCCACUGACGAAGCGUGAAGCGUUCUGGGCCGCCUAGGCGGAGGAGAUUGUUUUCGUCCAAUGUAAAUAUGGUUCGCUGCAUCGUUCGCGCUGUACCGAACGAACGAACGAACGGUCGUUGCAUAAGUAUAGCAGCAGAGAUGCAUUCGACCAAAAACCGGCCACAGUGACCCAGAUGCAGUUACGAUGAGAGUGCGCAUAAGCAUGCAGAUGAGCGACUGUCAGGCAGGCAGCACGACACUUAAAGUAAACGAAAAUGAAUAAAUAGCCAGCCGCUUAAAAGCAAGAGGAAAAGUAAUGUAAAAUAACCAGCGCAUAGAACGCAUUCUAAUAAUAUGCCGUUGAGCCGCUCCCUGUUCCGCUAGUGGCAAUCACAUUCAUGGCACUGCAAUGUCUGGAAGCGAAAUAUGAAGCAACCACAACCGAACCACUGUAUCACCGAGCGUUGCAUUAUUUUCGCCUUUUUUUGUUUUGUUUUCCGUUUUCUUUGACCAGCUACACCAGUCAUUUCCAUUUCCGUUUUUGCAACUGCUUUUCACGAGCAAGCGAGAGUAAAUGAAUUUCGUCACGUCCAUCAACCGUCAAGCAGCGGGCUCGCGCUAAGAAGUUGAUUAAGGCAGACAAAUAAAGGGAGAAGAAGAGGGUGAAGUUCUAGAGGGAGUCCAUCAAGCAGGCAGCAGGCAGCAGAGAGCAUAGGUCGCGGCCAAUUCUAGCAGAGUAUAAGUAGCGCGUGAGUGCUUAACCGACGUGCACCACACAUGUAUGGCGCGUAUUCAAACGUAUUCAGUGACACCUCUGCCGAAAGUGGAAUGCCAGAUGAAUGGCGGCGAGCUGAAUGAAGUCCUGACUGUCGGUAGCACGAGAUCGGAAUGGAUAUAUUCUAAUGAUCCAUCAGGCUGGGCACAGUAUGAAUGGACGGUGUGUGUGUGUGUGUGUGUGUGUAUGUGUGUGUAAAUAUGGGAAGAUAAGUGAGGUGAUCUGUGUAUACCAUUGACGGGAGCUGCAAAGCCAUCAUUAGACAGACCAGACCAGACACACUGAGAGCUGUCGCGUACUUCAGCGAGCACGAGAUGCUGAAGUGGAGUUUAGAGGAGAGAAGAGGGCGGUGUCGAUGAAUAGGUUUUGUGUCUAACAGCGUAAGGAAACGGUACAGAGGCAGAGGACGCCGUCUGGUGCAAUCGAGGAGAUAAUGAAAAACCGAAAACUGUAUAAGGUGUAUAGCAAUGUGUACUGUAGGUGACUAAUGAGAAUAUUUGCGAAUAAAUAAUCCAACCACCUCUCCCCCCAUCUUGC